AUUCAACACUCCUCCCAAUCCAAUAUCAAUAGCCAAUUAACAAUAUAUCACUCAAUUUCGGCUUUUUAUCAGCAACUUAGCCUUGUCAUCAAUGGGGUGACCAUCGGACUCAAUGACCCGCAAUCGCAUUGAGGAAUCGGUUCCGAGACAGCGCGUCGCCUGCCGCCGUUGCAAUACCAAGAAGAUCAAGUGCAAUGCAAGUGGAGAGACGGCAUGCAAUAACUGUCUUGCAUCCAAUACUGAAUGCAUCCUGAUCAAUUCCCAACGCGGAAGAUACACCCGCCGUCAUACCCGGACACGCGCGGCGAAUGUACCGACAUUGUCACAGCAGCAGAAGGCUAGCAUCGCAGUAGACGCCCGUCCUACAGGUUCAAAAGUACACUCCCCGAUAUUGCCCUCUUACCAGCCACAAGUUAGGUCUCCUCAGGUUGGAAGUGACGGGUCUACAAGCGUUGCAGACCGGGAUCCUAACGGGGCAUUUUACCUGCAUAUUGCAGAUCAGACGGUCAACCCGACCAACAACCAACGUAUUACCGAUAAAGUGCGCACUUUAUUUCUAGGCGAAUCUUUCAGCCUCACUUACGUCGUCCAUGAUGUACUCUCUCCAUUCUUAAGCAAUGCUCCCCGCUACAAAAAAAGACUACACUUCCCCAUAGGUGAGGGAUAUGAUCCAUCAGUUGUGGGACAGCACGAUAUUGUUCAGAACCAGAGAAUCUUAUUACAGGAGCGUAAUCUGCUUUAUCAACUGGAACCCUCAACCCUAGAACGUUUGCUUGGUGUUUUCUUCCGAUGGUUUAACCCAGCAUUUCCGAUCCUCAACCCAUCAGAAUGCAUGCAGAACUGCCGACAAAAUGAAAUGUCCCUUUUGGUGCUGAAUGCCGUUUUGAUGGUGACAGUCACCAUCUGUGAUGACGAAGAGCUCGCACUUACACGCUUAGAAAACCGGCAUCAAGCGAGGGCGGUGUUUUAUCAUCAGGCGAAGACACUUUUCGACUCUGACAUGGAGCCGGAUAAAAUUAACAGCGUCAUCGCCGUGUUUUUCUUGAGCUUCUGGUGGGGAGGGCCAAAUGAUGAGAAGGACUCAUGGUACUGGCUGGGAAUUGCGAUUGGACUAGCGCAAAGCUUGGGAAUGCAUCGAUCAACAGCAAGAUCUCACAUGAGUGAGCGCACCGCUCGUCAAUGGAGACGGAUCUGGUGGUCAUUACGAGUUCGAGAUGUUCUCACAAGUGGCUCUAUAGGUCGUCCUCAACAUUUUUCUGAGCGCGAUUGCGAUGUAGAGAUGUUGGAACUCGAGGAUAUUUAUGAUAUAUAUACGGAAGAGGAUUCGGAACAAGCGCAUUAUGCACACCAAAUUGCGCGCUUGUCAAUUAUAUUCAGCAAUAUCAUUGUUUCACGAUACGCGGCUCGCCACGCGGAUUCACUCAGUCAGAAAAUCAAUCUAGAGAAAGCACUGGACAACUUUCGUGAGCAGAUACCACGCCCUCUCCAGUAUUCUGGUAUCAACCCUGAUUCCAAAAAGGGUUUAUGGUCAGCGAUGUUAUUAAUGGCUUUCAAUUUUGGAGUUAUCCUUCUCUCUCGGCCGCCUCGGAGUAUCGAUAUCGACACAGUCAUAAAUCCUGAGUCGUGGGGAAAUCAUUUAAUGGCACAGUCAGCAUCGAAUGAGGUUACAAGACUUAUGGAAGACCUACUUUCAGCAGGAAUGGGAAGACUGUGUCAAAUUCAUACUAUACCGGCGUUAUUCAACGCCCUCGCAAUGCAUGUUUUCUCUAUAUGCAUGUCCGGUGCUAUCGGUCGAGAAUUGGCUGAAAACCGUGCUCGGACAUGUAUGCUCGGGCUGCGGUGUCUGCAAGAAUCCUGGCCUGUUAGCGGAUGGAUUCUCAAGCUAUGGGUGGAUAUAAUGGAGAGAUUAAAAGCUAAGCUCAGCUGUACACCAGCUUCAAGUGAUAUCGUCCCUCAUUCCGCCUAUCGUGGACGAGAUGUGGUAGGGGACUUUACGACGCAACAGCUACGGACACAGCUGAAUAGCAAUGGUUCACCGGUAUCACCGUCACUACCAACGACUGCUGCGCCGCCUAUAAAUGGCGGCUUUGAUGAUAUGGGAACUUUUAGAAGUAAUAAUACCCGUCUGAAUCCAUGGGUGCUUCCAAAUAACGAUUACACGCCUGGCCAGGACCAACUUUUGCCCAACAUGUUUGUUCUUGAUUGUUUCUCCCAAGACCCGGUAGCGGAGCAACUGAGCUUCUUUGACUCGUUGAAUGUUCCUGAUUGGGAUAAUAUAUAGAGUAAACCUUAUCGUUGAUCCAGAAUCACGAGUCCUGAAAGAGGGCUGGUUCCUGUGGACUAGAGUAUAUAUAGUCUAGUCUCGUCAUGCAGUCUGCCUCGCGCUCGAAAUCUUUUUAUUUGGGGUUAUUUUACAGGUCUGCGCUUUUUUAUUGGGUUAUGCAAACCAAUACAAUCACAUAAUGAACGUGUAUCGCUAAGGCUGAGCUCUUGCAGUCGAUCCGUGUAUUUGCUUUUUUUCAGAUAUAAACACUAAGCAUAGACCUUGCCCUAACACAAUAAGUUCAUUGUUAGUCAACAUUGAAGUUAAGGCCACAUAUAUGUCGACAGCAACAUUUGAAAUGCUAUCAAUUGAU